UCUCUCUCAUCAAAACAAAACAAAAAUGGCUACAACCGCCUCACUCCUCCGUUUCACUCACUACCCAACACCUCAAACCCUAAAAAAGCCCUACUUCCCAUCACCACUCCGAUUCAACACCAACAACCCACUCACCUCACUAAUCUACACCACCACCUCAAAACCACCACCACCACCAUCAUGUCACAAAAAAUCCACCGCCAUCUCAUCCUCAUACACAGCAGUACCAGCAGCAGAAAGACUAAUCACAGCCGUAGCUUACUGUCUCCCAUUCUUCAAUGGAAUUCAAUACGGCCGCUACCUCUUUGUCCAAUACCCAAAUCUAGGGGCACUGUUUGAACCAAUUUUCCCAUUACUCAGUCUCUACAGAUCGGUUCCUUAUGCAAGUUUUGUUGCCUUCUUUGGAUUGUAUAUUGGGAUUGCGAGAAACGCUAGUUUGAGCAGAUUUGUUAGGUUUAAUACAAUGCAAGCUGUUGUUCUUGAUGUUUUGUUGGUGUUGCCGUUGUUGGUUCAGAGGGUGUUUAAUCCUGGGAAAGGGUUGGGGUUUAAAUUGAUGAUGAUGGGGUAUAAUUUCAUCUUUGUGUUUAUUGUGAUUUGUUUUCUGUAUAGUGUUGGGUUUUCUAUUUUGGGGAGAACUCCUUAUUUGCCUCUUGUUGGUGUUGCUGCUGAUAGACAACUUUGAAUCUGUGUUGGAGAUCUGGGUUUUUGUUUUUUUGAGGUGUAAUGUAAUGGAAAUGGAGAAAUUUGAGAUUUAGGGUUCUAAUUUUGUGUGUUUUUUAUGUUCCAAUUUGUGCAUUUUUGUUUAUUUGUGAUCUAAUUUUGUUUCCA